CACCGGAGUGUGAGGACCGCGCGCGGUGAGAAGGAGCUCCGGGAAGCGCCACAACUUUCACCGCAACGCCGAGUUACCGCGCCGAGGCAGAUGACGCAGACGUGCCGGCACAGCAGGUCGCUGCGCACCCACUUUGUCUGAGUUUGAAGACAGAGAGGAGGGGGAGACAUAUGGUUUGGGCUCGGGGCAGCACAGCCGGUCGUCUUUCCACUCCAGAAGGUGAGCUCGCGGUGGCCGUAUACUUUCCUCGCGCGGCUCGGAAACUAACCGGGAGAAAUGGGACGCCGGUGCGCGCUGGCGUGCUCCCUCCUCGCGGUGCUCUCCUGCUGCCUCGUGCCCAGGUGCGGCGGAGGUAACAUCACCGUGGCGGUGAUGCUGCCGGACAACCACGUCAAGUACCCGUGGGCUCUGCCGCGGGUUUUCCCGGCCAUCCUCAUGGCGCACGAGGACCUCAGUCGCAAACACGGGCUCCUCGUUGGCCGCUCCAUGAGGAUUUUGAACUACAGCACCGAGGACCCGGUCGCCGGAUCGUGCGCAGAGAGCAAAGCCCAGGUUGUGGCCGUGGACGCCAAACUUUACUUAGCGCCGGACGCCUUCUUCGGGCCGGGGUGCGUGUACCCGCUGGCCUCGGUCGGGAGGUUCGCGUCCCACUGGAAGCUCCCGCUGUUCACCGCAGGAGGUCCCGCGUAUGGAUUUGACAAGCGGGAGGAGUACAGGACGAUUGUGCGCACCGGACCGUCCACCACCAAACUGGGGGACUUCGUGAACGUCCUGCACACGCACUUUAACUGGACGUCCCGGGCCGUGGUGGUCUUCCACGACCUGCGGCAGGACGACCGGCCGCACUACUUCCUGUCGGAGGGAAUUUACCUGAACCUGAAGUCCGAGAUGAACAUGACGGUGGAGGCCCUGCCGUACGAGAGCGACUACAAGGAGUACAAGGAACUCAUUACUUUCAUGAAAGAGCUCGGGAGAAUUGUUUAUAUCUGCGGCCCCCUGGAGACUUUCCUGAGCAUCAUGAAGCUGUUUCAGAGCGAGAUCCCCGACCCUGAGAACUACGUCAUCUUCUACCUGGACGUGUUCGCCGAGAGCCUCACGGAGCGCAAACCGUGGCAGAACUCGGACUCCGACUGGGUCGACCCCAUCAAGGUGUUCAAGUCGGUGUUUGUCAUAACAUACCGGCCGCCUGAUAAUCCAGAGUACAAAGAGUUUCAGAGGGAGCUGCAUGCCAGAGCUCAGAGGGAUUUCGGUGUGAAUCUGGAGCCAUCGCUGAUGGACUACAUCGCCGGCAGCUUCUAUGACGGUUUCGUGCUUUACGCCACCGCCUUGGAGGAGACUCUGGCCGAGGGCGGAGCCAAAAACGACGGCAUCAACAUCACAACGAGGACACAGAACCGACGAUUCUGGGGAGUUACAGGUCUUGUUACCACAGACCACAAAAACGCCAGGGAUAUAGAUGUCAACGUGUGGGCGAUGACCAACCAGGAGACAGGAGAGUACGGGCUCGUUGCCUACUACAACGGGACAAACAAAGAGAUCAUAUGGUCCCAAACAGAGAAGAUCCACUGGCCCAGUGGCGGCCCACCGCUGGAUAACCCGCCUUGUGUCUUUUCCACCGAUGACCCCUCCUGCAAUGACGGUCAGCUGCCAGUUCUGGGCAUCGUGGCGGUGGGAUCCGGCUUAGCGCUCAUCAUUUUCGGGAUCUCCAGUUUCCUCAUUUACAGGAAACUGAAGCUGGAGAAAGAGCUGGCUGGAAUGCUGUGGAGGAUUCGGUGGGAGGACCUUCAGUUCGAGAGCCCCAACAAAUACCACAAACGAGCCGGCAGUCGGCUCACCCUGUCGCAGAGAGGUUCCAGCUACGGCUCCUUGAUAACUGCCCAUGGAAAAUAUCAGCUAUUUGCAAAAACGGGCUAUUUUAAGGGGAACUUGGUGGCCAUCAAGCACGUCAACAAGAAGAGGAUAGAGCUGACCAGACAAGUUUUGUUUGAACUCAAACAUAUGAGGGACGUCCAGUUCAACCAUCUAACCAGGUUCAUCGGGGCCUGCAUCGACCCUCCCAACAUCUGCAUCGUAACAGAAUAUUGUCCCAGGGGCAGCCUGCAGGACAUUUUGGAGAAUGAGAGCAUCAACCUGGACUGGAUGUUCCGCUACUCGCUGAUCAAUGACAUAGUGAAGGGGAUGAAUUAUCUCCACAACAGCUACAUCGGCUGCCACGGAAACCUGAAGUCAUCGAACUGCGUGGUGGACAGUCGAUUCGUUCUGAAAAUCACGGACUACGGCUUGGCCAGCUUCCGUUCGUCCUGCGAGAACGACGACUCGCACGCGCUCUACGCAAAGAAGCUUUGGACGGCCCCGGAGCUGCUGAUAUACGACCGGCACCCCCCUCAAGGGACGCAGAAGGGUGAUGUGUACAGUUUUGGGAUAAUCCUGCAGGAAAUAGCCCUGAGGAAUGGACCUUUCUUCGUGGAAGGCAUGGACCUCAGCCCCAAAGAGAUCGUGCAGAAGGUGCGUAACGGACAGAGGCCCUACUUCCGACCUACAACAGACAACAGCUGCCACUGUGAGGAGCUGACCUUCCUGAUGGAGGGCUGCUGGGAGGAGGACCCCGUCGACAGGCCCGACUUCGGCUACAUCAAGAUCUACAUCACCAAGCUCAACAAGGAGGGCAGCACCAGUAUCCUCAACAACCUGCUGUCCAGGAUGGAGCAGUACGCCAACAACCUGGAGAACCUGGUGGAGGAGCGAACACAGGCCUACCUGGAGGAGAAGAGGAAAGCCGAGAAUCUGCUCUACCAAAUUUUGCCCCACUCAGUGGCGGAGCAGCUAAAGCGAGGGGAGACGGUGCAAGCGGAGGCAUUCGACAGCGUCACCAUUUACUUCAGUGACAUCGUGGGCUUCACGUCCCUGUCCGCCGAGAGCACGCCGUUACAGGUGGUGACAUUGCUCAACGAUCUAUACACCUGUUUUGAUGCCAUUAUUGAUAACUUUGAUGUAUACAAGGUGGAGACGAUUGGCGAUGCGUACAUGGUGGUGUCCGGCCUCCCGGUGCGGAACGGGAAGCUUCACGCCCGAGAGAUCGCCGGGAUGUCGCUGGCCUUGUUAGAGCAGGUCAAAACAUUCAAGAUCCGACACAGACCCAACGACCAGCUGCGACUCAGGAUAGGAAUACACACAGGGCCUGUCUGUGCGGGGGUGGUUGGACUGAAAAUGCCCAGAUACUGUUUAUUCGGAGAUACUGUCAACACGGCAUCUCGGAUGGAGUCGAACGGAGAGGCCUUGAAGAUCCACGUGUCCUCAGCCACCAAAGAGGUGCUAGACGAGUUUGGCUACUUUGAUCUCCAGUUACGAGGAGACGUAGAAAUGAAGGGCAAAGGCAAAAUGAGAACCUAUUGGCUUCUUGGGGAGAAGACUGAUGUGUAUGUUAUCUGAGAGGCUGCUGAUCAUGUGGCAGCAGCAGAGAGGAGACAGCAGCAGAGGCUCCAGUGGCCAAGCCACCACUUUAUUUGUUCUAGAAUAAGUCCCUAUCGGUGAUUCCCUACACAGAGAAAAAAAAAAAAAAAAAAAAAAAAGAAGUGAACAACAAUAUACCUUAAAACAGAAAUAGAGGGAAUUUCAGGUAUAUUUAUUACCUGCAUACUGUAACUGCAAAAAAUUGUACAAGUUGUUUUUUGUAUGAAGAACCUUUCUGUCCUGAGAGUGAGUACUUUUCACUGAUAAAUUCUUAUUUUUUGUGAUUUCUAUAUUAAGAUUUGUAUAAUGUGUUUUGGAGUCAACGAUGUAUUAAUAUUUCCUGGAAACAUUCUUUGAAGAAGGGGGGGGGUGGGGCGGGGGGGGUAGCGUUACGAUCGAUGUCAAUGCAGAGGUCAACGUUCAACAGUGGCGUUCAACAGUAUAAGAUAGUAUGUAUAUAUGUAUAUCCAAGAUACUGUAAGAUAUUUUGUUCAAUAAACUGAGUAAAACGCUCA